GUGAAUUACAGCGACAGCUCAGAGCCCGGAUGGAGCAGCCAUUGGGGAAGUGUGCGGGGCUUUAACGUAACCGAGGAGUACUCUCUCUGUGGAAUUAAAAAAAGAGACUAAGUGAGAGGCGAACGGAGACAUAAAUAUCCAAGAUCCACAGGGUGCCACACGACGAUACGCGCUUAACCUCGGAAAAGCUGAACUCGGACUGGAAACCUCUGGGAUACAGAAUCUGAGGCGUCUGACUUGAACUGUGGAAGUUGGGAGAAUACUCAGCUGAGCCUGCGCUACAACUACUAGCCAUAAGCUAAGCGGCGCUGUUAGCCCUGAAGCUAACUCCAACUGAGCUGUGAACUUGCUUGCAAAUCACGGGGGUUGAAAUUCAGUCACAAGCUCAGGCUCCGUGAGAAAACCAGGGACUUGCUUAAUGAAUUAUGUCUACCACAAGCAUUGACCCUCAGAGAUCAAAGGGACAAGCGUCUAAAGUGCAAAAUGGUUCACUGCAUCAGAAGGAGACUGUCCAUGACAAUGACUUUGAGCCAUACCUUCCUGGUCAAUCUACUCAGAACAACAGCUACCAAUCCAUCACCGAUCCCUACAUGUCUAGCUACUAUGCUCCCUCCAUUGGAUUUCCUUACCCUCUGAGUGAAGCUCCCUGGUCCACAGGUGGGGACCCUCCAAUUCCUUACCUCACACCCUAUGGACCUCUGAGCAAUGGAGACCACCACUUUAUGCCGGACACCGUGUUUGGCCAGCCAGGAGGACUGGGAAGCAGUAUCUACCCCCACAGGUUUAACUUUUUUCCUGAAAACCCUGCCUUCUCUGCUUGGGGCACAAGUGGCUCCCAGGGCCAGCAGACUCAAAGUUCAGCUUAUGGUGGCAGCUAUAGCUAUCCUCCCAGCUCCCUGGGGGGCACUCUGGUGCCUGACGGUCAGACAGGGUUUCACAGUGACACCCUGAACAAAGCUCCUGGUAUGAACAGCCUAGAACAGGGGAUGGUUGGGCUGAAGAUUGGAGGGGAUGUCACUGGUCAGGGGUCAGGAGUCAAGGCAGUGGGGUCUGUGAUUGGUGGGCCUGCAGUGGCAGCCACAGGGAAUGGAGCCACACCGAUAGGAAUGCCUCCCCCUAAACCCACCUCCUGGGCUGCCAUUGCCAGCAAACCUGCCAAACCACAGCUGUUAAAAUCGAAGGUGAAGCCAGGGAUGCAAAAUCCAGGGGGGGCUCUGCCCCCACCACCCAUUAAACACAACAUGAAUAUCGGGACCUGGGACAAAGGCCCAGUCACUAAAGUAGCCACAGCCCCACUGCAGCAGCAGCCUCUUGGGCUGCCUCAUGGCAUGCCACCUCAAGGCCCCAUGCAGCAAGGACCCAUGCAGCCCCCACCUCCUCAGUCAUUAGUGCAACCCCAGAUGCAGCCUAUGGCCUUACAGCCUCAGCCGCCACACCACCAGCACCAUCAGCCACCACCUCAACCCUACCAAAACCACACCCAGCCACCUCAGCCCCAGACCCGCUGGAUCGCGCCACGCAAUCGUAACCAAGGCUACGGGCAGGGUGGCCUCGGCCAAGAUGGGAGUGGCAUGAUGGGAGUUGUUGGUGGUGGGAACAAUGGCCCCUUAACGUCUACUAGUCAGGGACCUGGUGGAGAAUCCCACCCAGUGCUGGAAAAGCUGCGUGCCUCCCAUAGCUACAACCCCAAGGACUUUGACUGGAACCUGAAGAACGGCCGCGUUUUCAUCAUUAAGAGCUACUCCGAGGAUGAUAUUCAUCGCUCCAUCAAGUAUUCCAUCUGGUGCAGCACGGAGCAUGGCAACAAGCGGCUGGACUCAGCCUUCCGUGCAAUGAAUGGUAAGGGUCCGGUGUACCUGCUGUUCAGCGUCAACGGCAGCGGUCAUUUCUGUGGCGUGGCAGAAAUGCGCUCGCCAGUGGACUACGGGACCAGUGCUGGUGUUUGGGCGCAGGACAAGUGGAAGGGCAAGUUCGACGUGGACUGGUUGUUUGUUAAGGACGUGCCUAACAGCCAGCUGCGCCACAUCCGCUUGGAAAACAACGACAACAAGCCAGUGACCAACUCCCGCGAUACCCAGGAGGUUCCUCUGGAGAAGGCCAAGCAGGUGCUGAAGAUCAUCGCCACCUACAAACACACCACCUCCAUCUUUGACGAUUUUUCUCAUUAUGAGAAGAGGCAGGAGGAGGAAGAGGAAGUUCGCAAGACUUUUGAACCUGCUCAGAUACAGAACCGCUCUCGGUUGGAUCAGGAGCGCCAAAACAGGAAUAAACAAUAGAAGACAUUUAUCCUUGGCUUGAUCAUUUACAGUAGGACUCGAUUUAAAGACAGAAGAAUAUGAAAAUGCAACCAAGCCCCUCAUUUCUGUUUUCUAUUUAAUCCUGUUGAACGUUACUUUCUUUCUGUUUUAUUUUUUUUGCCCCACCAACCACCGAUUCUUGUGCGACAAUAAUAAGCUGAUUAAAUGUUACCUAGCAGCCAACACACUCUAAUUUUUUAAAACAUGUUUUUAUUCUUGUUCCAUCACGUUCUUUUCUCUUACUGGAUGUUUUUUUUUCUCUCUCUUGCUCCCGCCCCCUCCUCUCUCCAAUUGAAUCAGGGUUUGACUGCCACUUUAUAUUUCAGUACAAUCAGGAACAGACGUGUCAUGCCCCUCUGUGUCCAUUUGGGGGCAGCAUUGCCAUGCUUUAUAGGUUUAUCUGUGCCAACAGGGUUGAAGGAUCCUUAAGGCAAUGUUGGGACUUGGAACUGGGAUGACAAAACUUAAGUGGUUUAACUAUUUUUCAUUCAGAUCAACAAAAUCUCUAUUUUUUGGCUUACUACUGACAAUUUUCAUUUCAGAAACUUUUUUCUGGAGCCUUAUUUUUGUUUUUAAUUAUCAGUGACUUGUCAAAAGAACUGCUCAAACAGUGACACUGCUGGAGAAAUCAGGGAAAGUGUGAAGUCACACAGGACUUAAGACAUUUCAGAAGAGGAAGGGCUUUUGGGAAAGAAACAACAAAUAUGUCCUUCACAACCAGAACUCUCACCAUUUGAAUCAAAAAUUGUACUAAUGACACUUUCACAGCCCUCUUUUUUUCUUCUUUCUUUCUUUCUCUGUUUGUAAAAUUUCUUUUGAUGUUUGUCCUGAAGACGUCUUCUUUGUGUGUUUCAACAACAGAUUCCGCUUGUUUCCACGACCUGGUCAACCUGAGCAAUUUGUCAAAUUCACCAUCUUGAAUUGCUUUGUUAGAAUUACGUAAUGAUGUAACUGCUAAGUUUAAUGAAUUUUAUGCUCUUGUAUUUUUUGUUCCACAAAACAGGGGAGAGGGUUCAAAUAUGUGUCCAUUCACCGUCAUUCUGUCUUAAUCCUUCGUAUUUUCUUUUCUCUGUUUCCUUGAAUUUGGUUUUUGCUAAUUCUUUCAUGUUGGUCGUAAUGCUAAGCUUUAACGUAGGAGUCUAUAUAUUCACGGAGGAAGCCUAAAAAUGUAUAACCUAAAAAUUAAUGUAACUGAUUUACUAUCAACUAAGAAAAAAAAAUAAGAAUGAAAUGUG